GCGUUACCUGUUGUGUCAUUCCUGAAAAGUAGGGGUCUCGUCAACAUUUUCCACCCGAAUGUGUUGAGUGUUUGUUACACCGGACACUAACUGCCUUGUUCUGCUGAUAUUAGCACGUGCGCAGAUCAGCACGUAGCAAUACAAAUCGUCUAUAAAACGGUCGAGGGUUUCGAUCUAGUAACUGCUUGAUUUCUAGGUUGAAUGUUGGUUUCUGUGCUUGAGUUGAUCGAGGAUGUGGAGUAGCAGCACAAGUUUGUCUGACACGACAGAUGAGUCUUCUGGAGACGAGUCAAAGGUGAUCUUUGACUAUCCGAGACAGCCACCUAGCUAUGAAAACCUCAAAGACAACAUUUACUUGCAGCCUGUCCAAUUGUCCAAGGCAAGUAAAAAAGCUAAGAAAAUGGUUUGUGAGUGUGUCUAUGAUCCGGACACCGAUGAAGAUGGUGGUUGUGGAGAAGACUGCCUUAAUAGACUUCUCAUGAUUGAAUGCAAUCCAAAAUGUUGUCCUUGUGGUGAGUUCUGUAUGAACCAACGAUUUCAGAAGGGUCAGUAUCCAAAGCUAGAGGUGUUUGAUGCUAGACGCAAAGGGUUUGGUCUGCGGGUACUAGAAGAUGUGCCAAUGGGAGCAUUUGUUAUUGAAUACCUCGGCGAGGUAUGUACUGACAAAGAGUUCAGAAAUAGAACGAAAAUGUAUGCAAAAGCCAGACUGAAGCAUCACUACUUUAUGAAACUAAAGGGCAAUGAGAUAAUCGACGCCACCAAGAAAGGAAAUGAAUCUCGUUUCAUCAACCACAGCCACAGCUGUGAUCCAUCAUGUGAAACACAGAAGUGGACUGUUGCUGGUGUUCUUCGUGUUGGUUUCUUUGCCAUCAAACAUAUGAAAACUGGAGACGAAGUGACAUUUGAUUACAAGUUUCAAAGAUAUGGACGGCACGACCAGAAGUGCUUUUGUGGGUCUGCUAACUGUCGUGGUGUUAUUGGAGUGCCACCAAAGAACUCUGCAGAAAAUCAGUCAGCCAAGGUGGUCGAACCGAAAACUAAAGUUAUACCUGACAAAUCUAUUGGAACAAAGUUGCCACCAAAAAGGAGGAAACGGAGAAAAAAGCACAUCGUUCUUGUCUCAGAUAGUCAAGAAGAAACAGAUGCAGAUGCUGAAGUGGAACCUCUUUCAUCAGAGCAACCAUGUGAAGAAAACUUUGAAGAAGAUCUAACAUCAUUUCAGAAAGAUUUGCUGGAGCUUAUUGGAACCGAGAAGAAUUUAAGCAAAGACAGCAGUAUCGUUGACUUCUUACGUCUAACAUUCAGUGCUGAGACUUUGGAUGAACGAAUCACUUUGUUGUCUAUCUUGCAGGCAACUGAAGAGCAAUACUGUUUACAGCAGUUCCUUAAGAGGCGGGGACUGAAACUGCUACAUGACUGGUUGUCUGAUAUGACCGAUUUACCAUUUAAAUUCAAACUUGAGUUGUUGAAGACACUCAAUCAUCUUCCCAUCUCAGUAAAGAACACAGUAACUGAGACACACAUUCUACCUGUCGUUGAGGAAUGGGCUGACUCUCUUAUUGGAGAAAUUCCUGAAAUAACAAUGACUUCUGAAGAGGAAGUUCAGCUAGUUUUAGACUUGCAGAGUAAAGAUACCAAUGUAACCUCAAACAAGUGCAGUAUUCCAGCAAAGAACGAAGACAAGGAAUCACCAGUUGCUGCAGUGGCAACAUCAACUUGUCAUUCGUCACCAGGAAUUGCAGAGCCACGUCCUAAAGGUAACAUAAUUAAGGCUGGUGACACUGUGACAUGUACUACAGACAAAAGUAAUGCUGAGCAACAGAGAGAAUCUGUGAAUGCUGGAAACUUGCCAGAAAAUUCCGACUUACCAUUGACCGUUGAACAACCUACGGACAAAGGAAAGCCAACAAGUAGCAUGUCAAAUAUAGGAAACGAGGAAACAGUAUCAGCAGAUAACAGCGCUGAGUCUGCUUUACAGAAAGGUGUAGAAACAGAUACAAGUAGUUAUUGCAAGGAGGAACUGAGUGAUGUGAAUACAAGUCAAGAUGAGGUGACAUCAACUGAAGACUGUAAGACUGAACAGAGCGCUAUCACACCUAUUUCCGAAAAUAGCAACUUUGAUAUCAAGGGAGAGUUAAAAGGACUGAUUCAGAGCCUCGUGAUGCGUGUGGGUGCUGAUAAUGAGGGCAAAAGUAGCAAUACCACUGGAGAUGAAACAACUGCAGUAGAAACGACCUGCAUUUUGUCAAUAUCAUCUAGGGCUCGAGAUGAAUUGUCUAAUGCAGCAAGAACUGGCAGUGCCGGGAACAAAUUGCAAGCUAGAAAUGAUGUUGAUUCUGUUACAGGUAAAGAGCAAAGUCAAGAGAACUCUAAUACUGAACAUAACGGAAACCAGAGGACAGAGAACAGUGGGUUGAAAGAAAUGGAUGUUGCUCUUGCUGAAGAGGCUGCAAAACAAGCUGUGUAUGUGUUAGCUAGCAAGUUGUUGACAAAGUGGAACCAGUUAGAGGAGAAAUAUCGCAUUCCUAAGAAGAUGGCAAAGCCUCUGACCCCGUUUCGCCGUCAUACUGUUGAUACCACGACCGAGGAGUCACCUGGUGAAAGUCCUUCUCCACGCCCUUCCUACUGCUCAGAUGAUGAGCAUUACAGUAGACGGAAUAAGCGAUCACGCUUUCACAACUUUGAAAGUUUUAAAAACCAAGAAGAUUUUACUAGUCAGUUUUACUCAAGAAACACAGGUCAACGAAACAAGAGGCAAUCUCGUUGGAGUCGACGGUUCCAUAGUCAAGACAGUGAUCAGUUACAGUACGGUCAAAGUAAGAAUCCAAGGCGUGAGAAGAGGCGGUAUUAUGACAGCCAAGACAACGAUAGCUAUAGAAAGAGAAAAUAUAACCAACAGCAAAUACAAUAUCAAUCAAUGUAUGAGUCGCAGUGUGAACCUCAGUUUUCUUCCAGCUUCUCUGGCAGUACAAGUCAAGAGAAUGUGGAUAUUUCACUUACUGAUUUACAGGGCGAAACCUUGGAAGAUUCACUUCAGCAGGACCUUCAGCAGCAAGAGACAACUUCAGAGCAGCAACUGAUGCUGCAGCAACCACAUAUGGAGAUGCCUCAAAAAAAUUUUCAGGUAUUGAUUCCACAGGAACAACUGCAGCAGCAACAAUUGAUCCAAUCACAACAACAAAUGCAGCAGCAUCAGUUUAUGCAACAACAGCCAAAUGUUUCACAGCCUUUAUUGCCGGUUUUUCAAACACAGCCUAUUGUUGCAGUUAAUCAGCCAAAUAACAUUAUUGCACCAGCACAACCUGUUCAAUCACAGUUACUUUCAGGUUUGCCUCAACUUCAGACGAUUCAGUCACUGGCUGAAUUUCAGUCUCAGUUUAUGAGAGCAAAAACACAGCGACCACCUCUCCUUACUCAGCCAAAUGCUUUUCAAGUGCCUAAUGUGCCUCCACCUCCUGGUCCAGGGAUUGGCAUAGGGACGAUUCCCAGUCAACCUGGCAUUAGUUUUGUUCCACAGGUUCCUCAUCGGAUGCCAUUGCCAACAGCUUCUUCGAUGGGUGGAGUUCGCUUCUUGCCUCCUACUAUUUCUGCUAUGAAUCCAGUGCUGGGUGGAUUUAUGACUAACCCAUUUUCUGUUCCACCUCCCAUGCCACUGAAAUCGCAGCAAAGUACUACCAUACCGGCAACAAUUUCCACACUGCCCGUUCCUGUAUCAUCAGCUUCUAUAGCAAGUGUUGCUACAUCUAAGAUUGACAACCAGUCAGAGUCAAUGCAGUUAGUUGGCUCAGAUAGUGAUUCUGCAGGUGAGAAGUCACAGUCUCCACCGCCACCCCCAUUGCCUAGUCACUGGCGUUCAGCAAGUGAUGCAGAUGGCAGAACAUAUUAUUAUCAUGUCAAAAACAGGGUUAGUCAGUGGGAGUUUCCUACUGAAGCACCUGGAUCUACGUCAGAUGCAAAGCAGAAACAGCGAGAUGAAGACAAUGCAGCAACAGGUUUUUCUACCACUCCAGUCACAAGCCAUGAGGUGACAUCAACAUCAGAUGCACAACAGAAGGCUUAUAAUAUAACGCCUGAUGCUAAUGCUGCAUUAGAGACAUGGCAAAUGGCACUUAUGGAAGAAUCAUCACUGGUAAAGAAGAAAGAAUCAUCACUUUCAGAAAAGGAUGCAACGUCCAAGGCAAAAGAAGCUUUUCGAAACAAAGUGUCACAAGUUGUCGUCCAAUGUCUGAAUCAGCAUUAUCGACCAGACUGUUCUCGAGGUCGUAUUGAGACAUCGGAAGAUUUCAAACAUCUUGCCAAGAAGCUGACAUACGGAAUCAUGGAGAAACACACAAGAAACAUCAAGCAAGGGUUUAUGCCAGAGUUUACCAGUGGGACAAAAAGCAAAAUUCAUGACUAUGUCAAGACAUACAUGAAAAAGUAUGGUGAGGUGUAUCGUAGGAACUAGCACUUCUAGCAGCUGGACUUUUGCCGACUUUUCUAAGUGUACACAACAGCAGUCACGUGAUGUUCAAUUUCUUAGUUUUUCUUCGAUCAGACAUUUCUUAUGCAACUUGACUUCAAAUUGGAGUAGUACAUAUACACAAUACCACCUGAACACAAACUACAGCAGAAACUUCUGAUGUGCUUUUAUUCAUUAACAGUGUGAUAUUUCACAUGCUAGCAGUGUCUAGUGUUAAUUAAGUUAUAAUUAACCAACCUGGUGAUAACUGUCCUGUAUGCUCAAUAAUGUAGCUAUGUACAAUAA